ACCCGGAAGCGGAAGUCGCUGAAGUACUUCCUGUUUGUAUCGGCGUGUGCGGAUCGUUUGAGUUCCCCUCAGUGUUUCUUCUCCAUAAGCAGUUUUCCUCACAAACAGGCAGAAAGCAGCAGCAGCAGGGAUGGCGCGUAACGCUGAGAAGGCCAUGACGGCUCUGGCUCGGUUCAGACAGGCUCAGCUGGAGGAGGGAAAAGUCAAGGAGAGGAGACCUUUUCUGGCGUCAGAGUGCAGUGAACUUCCGAAAGCAGAGAAAUGGAGACGACAGAUCAUCAGUGAGAUCUCAAAGAAGGUGGCUCAGAUCCAGAAUGCUGGUCUUGGGGAGUUCAAGAUUCGGGAUCUGAAUGAUGAGAUCAACAAGCUGCUGAGGGAGAAAGGUCACUGGGAGGUCCGGAUCAAAGAGCUGGGAGGACCGGACUACGCGCGAGUCGGCCCGAGAAUGUUGGAUCAUGAGGGGAAGGAGGUUCCAGGAAAUCGAGGAUAUAAAUACUUUGGAGCUGCCAGAGACCUGCCUGGAGUCAGAGAGCUGUUUGAGAAGGAGCCUGCCCCUGCGCUGAGGAAGACGAGGGGAGACCUGAUGAAGGAGGUGGACGCAGAGUAUUACGGCUACAGAGACGAAGACGACGGCGUGCUGCUUCCUCUGGAGGCGCAGUACGAGAAACAAGCUUUGUCGGAUGCGGUGCAGAAGUGGAGAACAGAGAAAGAGUCUCGUCUGUCAGGAGACAAACAACCGGAGGAAGAGGAGGAGGAGAGCAUCUACACCAUCCACAAGGAGGAGCCUGAUGAGGAGGAGAGUCAGGAAGAGCAGGAGGGAGAAGAAGGGGGAGUCACCUUCAUGGCACACGUACCUGUUCCCUCACAGAAAGAGGUGGAGGAGGCUCUCGUCAGAAGGAAGAAGAUGGAGUUGUUGCAGCGUUACGCCAGCGAGACUCUUCAGGCUCAGAGUCAGGCGGCCAAAACUCUACUGGGACUGUAAAUCCAUCUGUCUGUCUGUCUGCAACCUGUCUGUCUAUCUGCAACCCGUCUGUCCGUUGAUGUAAAUAUCGGCUAAUUUUUUUAUGCAUCCUGUUUCUUAAUAAAACUUUCUUCAGAUCA